GGAAGUACCUGCUGUUGUCUCAUGGCUGCAUGGCUCCGUUUUGAUCAUUGUUAGCGUUUGCAAUUCGAUUUCCAGAACUAUGGCGUCCAAGAAAAGGCAAAAUCUCCAGAUUGCAAGUCAAAGUCAAAAGAAAACACAUAAAAAAGAACUUGAAACUGCAUCAUUUGACAACGACAAUGAUGGUGAGGAAGAGAAGGAUGAGGAUGCUUUAGAGAUGGAAAGAAACUUUGCUUUGCUCAGUAAACGCGGUUCAGUGCAAUCAUUAGAGAGGACCGAGGAGGAAUCUGAUGAAGCAGUUGAUUAUGAGGAAAACGCAGACGAAGAUGAUCACGGUGAGGAUUUUGUGAACCAAAGAGAACGUGAGCGAAACCCCCCCGACUCCGUCAAAGCUGGGUUUACACCAGAUCUGUCAACGAUGUCAUUUGAAGAGAUCAUGAGGUUACAAAGCAAAAUUGGAACUAAGGCAUGUAAUAAGCUUAUUCGUAAGCAUAAAACCAACGAGACAGAGAAAAAGAAGAAUCCAGGACCGGCAAAACGAUCGAACAAGGACAGACCAGAAGAGAUUUCAGCCAAGAAACCGGUUGCUUUUCUGAGAAGAGUGGGAUCCGUCAAGGCACCUAUUUUGAGGGAUCCUCGUUUUGAUGAUCUUUCAGGUGAAUUUAAACCAGAAGUGUUCAGCCAGACGUACAAGUUCAUCAACGACAUCAGAGAACGAGAAGCAGAGAUGGUGAAGAAAAAGCUGAAGAAAAUCAAAUCAAAUGCCAAAAAAGAGGAAAUGAAAUCUUUUCUAAAGAGACUGGAGAACCAAAAGCGUAACCUUGAAAGACGUGAUCAGCAGAGAGAGAAGGAGCUUGGCUAUAAGAAGAAGCAGAGAGUGCUUGUGGGGGAUGGACACCGACCUUUCUAUCUCAAGAAAUCCGAGCAGAAGAAACUGCAAUUAGCCGAAAAGUACAGCGCGCUGAAAAAGAGCGGGAAGCUGGAGAACUUCAUGAGCAAGAAGAGAAAACGAAACGCUGUUAAGGACCGAAGGAGGAUGCCCCGGAAUACAGAAGGUGGAUCGGUCGCAUCAAGCAAACGGAAAUAAAUGAAGGUUUAGGGACUGGACUGAAUGAAAGAGAUCUGGUUGAUUUUAUUGUACAGAACAAUUAAAAAAAAGUCUUUGUUUAUUAAAAAUGAUUUUGUGACCCUGGAGCAAUUUAAAAUGGCCUUCAAAUAUAGAACGUUAACAUCAUUGAAGUGUUUAUAUUCAGAAUGUUCUAUUCAUAAAUUCAUAAAAUAAAAUUUUUAUUCAUUAGUCUAAA